CUUCGCAACAACGCGACACAGCCCAACCACACUUCUAAUCCUCAACCUUUGACAGCUCCGAACGGUGGCCGGUCCACGAGCGCGGGGCAUAGAGGCUAUUUCCCGAUAUCUGCACCAUUACUCCUUGUCCUCCGCUUCGACAGAACGACCCCGCCUCAUCACACUCACCUCUGCCAUCGUCCACGAUGCUCAUUUCUUUACAGGAGCAAAAGCUAUGUCAACACCUGCGCGAGCUUCCGCAGCGACAUGGGUAUGACUUUACCGAUGCAGCACGGCGAGAACUUCUCCAAACCCUGUUCCGGGCGCUCGCAGGACAUGACGAGUACCUACCAUUUCUCUUCCCACGCGGGCAUCCAACCGAUCCGGAGGCUACUUGGAGCAUUCGCGAUGCACAGGGCGCUGUAGAUGGGGCCGAGUAUACGGAAGCAGCACGAGGGAAACCAUGCGGGCAUAUCUUUAAGAGUGGCGAGGCUACUUAUCGGUGCAAGACUUGCACCGCGGAUGAUACUUGCGUGCUGUGCGCUCGCUGCUUUGAUGCAUCGGACCAUGAGGGACACCAAGUUUACGUUAGCGUAUCGCCGGGAAAUUCGGGAUGCUGCGACUGUGGUGACGAUGAAGCCUGGGUCCGACCCGUACAUUGCAAUAUUCAUUCCGCCGCUCCAGGGCCAGGCUCGAAAGCGGCCGGGAAGGCAAGAGAAGGAUCAUUACUGCCGGACGAAAUUCUUGAGAGCAUACGUAUGACCAUUUCCAGAGCCCUGGACUACCUCAUAGACGUAUUUUCGUGCUCCCCCGAGCAAUUGCGAUUGCCCAAAACCGAGCAGUCAAUCCUAGAAGAUGAGCGGACAUCAAGACUCACGUCUAAAUGGUACGGCUCGGGUGAUCUUCCGGAGGCUAAACCACUUUUUGCCCUGGUUCUAUGGAAUGAUGAGAAACAUACAGUCAACGAUGUGCGGGAUCAGGUUGCUCGAGCUUGUAAACAGAAACAGUCCUUUGGUCUCGCCAAGGCGCACGAAGUCGAUGCAGUCGGGCGAAGUACGAUCAAAACGUCAGAGAAUGUGCCCGAACUUCUCAAAAUGGCAAAGAUAAUCGAAGAUAUCAAAUUGACGGUCACCAUUCGUUCAGCUCGAGACACCUUCCGAGAGCAGAUGGGAGGUACAAUCGUUGAAUGGAUAUCCGACAUCGCAGGUUGCAGUGUCGGUGAAGAUAACCAAAUACUUCGGCGGGUGGUAUGCGAAGAAUUGCUCAAGCCCUGGCGAGUGGGGAGCGAGGCAUCUCACCAGGGCAUUGGUGAAGAUGGGCUCGACGAUCAUGAAGUCGAGGAGAUGGAGGUCCACAUGGGUGGAUAUCACAGAUACAUCCAAGUUCAACCACCAUUUCAAGCGCAACGAGACCGGCGUCGCAAUGCCAAUAAUGGGGACACUACUGCAUCUGAUGAAGACGACGAGGAACAGGGAGGCGCCAGAGAUGGUGUAGAAGAGAUGGACAUCGACGAUAUUUUAAGUCAAGACAACGACGGCGAUGUAGAGAUGGAACCGUAUGAAAGUCCGGAUGAGGCACUUGAGAUUUCCGAGGCAACUCUAGCGGGCUAUCCACCACCACCCCUCCCGCCACAACAACAGUCUCAUACCUCUGGGCGACGACGAAACCCAAAUCUGACGCCAGCAGACUCUGACAGUGAACCGAUGGUCGGGGCACCUGCGCUGAGUCAUGUCGAACCGUCGAUGCAUGUUCCAGAGACCCCCCGUACAAGAGUCCUCCCUCUGCGUCCGUCUCGUCCACAACAGUAUUGGCUUGAGAAACCCGAGGGCUAUGGGAAGAGAUCAGGGGUUCCCGCACAUGAAGAUAUCUGGCAGCGUUUACGCCUCGACCACUUGAUACUUUACGAUCUCAGAAUGUGGAAAAGUCUGCGCAUAGGCGUGAGAGAUGUCUUUAUCAGCACUGUGGUCACAAUCCCACAGUUCAAGCGGCUAUUGGGACUAAGGUUUGCAGGUGUAUAUACAGCACUGGCUCAGCUAUAUCUCAUCGCGGAUCGUGAGCCGGAUCACUCCAUCAUCAACCUUUCGCUGCAGAUGCUCACAACCCCAUCAAUAACCGCCGAGAUAGUUGAACGCGGCAAUUUCCUGACAAAUCUUAUGGCCAUCCUGUAUACAUUCCUGACCACCCGUCAAGUAGGGUAUCCGUGGAAUGUCGACCCCAAGGCCACACUUGCGUUUGAACAAGGUGCUGUCACCAAUCGACGCAUGUACCAUUUCUUCCUCGAUAUGAAAUAUCUACUUGGGUCUGACCACGUUCAAGAGCGCAUAAGGGAAGAGGGUCGUUACAUUCUACAAUUCCUUGAUCUCGUCAAGCUCCAUCAAGGGAUAUGUCCAAACGUACGUGCGGUUGGCGAACAUCUGGAAUAUGAGACGGAAGCCUGGAUUAGUGCGUCUCUGAUCACUCGUGAGAUAAAUAAGCUUUGUCGACAGUUCUCUGAAGCUUUCACGUGGCGGAGUGACGAAGAUCCCACAAGCAUUCGGCGUGCCAUUCGUGCGAGUGCUCAAGUCACUAUCAUCAAUUCAAUAGGUUCAGAGCGUCAUCGCUUCGAUCAAACAGAGCUCAAGACAGAAACGAGGUUCAAAAACCUUGAGGUGUUCGAGUUCGAUGCGGAACCGGCAACAUAUUUGGGGCCUACAUACAAGAUCGUGGAUUACGUUGUGUCCAAAGAACCCAUGAGUUUCCACCAUGCUCUUCACUAUACGCUUUCGUGGUUAUUAGAUCGAGCGCGUAGUAUGCCUCGAGACCAUUUACUGGGCUUGCUGCUGUUUUCGCACUCAGAACUCCAGGAUCCGAACUCACCGCUAGCCGUCAAUAUUCCUGACUUCUCCUCGACUGAAUACCUGCUCGCACUUUUCGACUUCCCUCUCAGGGUAUGCGCCUGGUUAGCCCAGAUGAGGGCAGGGAUCUGGGUCAGAAACGGCAUCACUUUGCGUCAUCAGAUGACUCAAUACAGAAGUGUUUCGCAACGCGAUGUCUCAUAUCAGCGAGAUAUCUUUCUCCUGCAGACAGCACUGGUUAUAUGCGAGCCAGCAGUAUUCUUGGCCACAAUGAUUGACCGUUACGGAAUCUUAGGCUGGAUGAGCGGAGCAUACAACAACAACAAUCAACAUGGAAUUGAAGACAGCCACACCUUGGAUGUUGUUGAGGACUUUGUGCAUCUGCUGAUAAUUCUUCUCACCGACCGUACGUCUCUAGUUCCCGUCGAUGAUGACAUGGAUACACAGACAGCGACAAUGCGCAGAGACAUUGCUCACGUACUCUGCUUCAAGCCGCUUUCCUUUUCUGAUAUGACGAGCCGCUUGUGCGACAAAGUUCAGAGCGCGGACGAAUUUUCCGACGUUCUUUCUGAAAUGACAAAUUUCAGACCACCUGAGGGGUUGUCAGAUACUGGCACAUUUGAGCUGAAAGAACAGUAUAUUGAGCUCAUCGACCCGUACAUACACCACUACAACCGAAACCAACGCGAGGAAGCUGAAACGAUUUACAAGAAUCACAUGGCCAAGAAAACUGGAAAGGCGCCUAGUGACAUCGUUUUCGAACCAAAGCUUCGGUCGAUCCCUGAUGGUCUUUUCAAGGACCUCUCUGGCUUCACCAGAACUUCACUUUUCACUCAGAUCAUAUACUACCUACUAGGCUAUGCGAUCGUCGCCCCUACUGCAACACCAAGCAUUCCGAUAACGCGAGUAGAAACAUAUCUUCAGUUCGUUUUACAACUACUACUUGUAGCAAUUCUCGAAGAUAAUUCGGAGCAAAAAUCUUGGGACGAAACAGGCUCGAAUUCUCUAGUUACAGCUAUCCUCACUAAGCACGCAAAUGUCGGCCUUCCUGGUCAUCCCACUAUUCUUUCAAUUCUGAAAACACUAUUGGAAAAGGAAGAGUUCCGAUCUUGCGAACCGAAAAUAACGUUGAUUCUUCACCGUUCCAAGCAGCGCCAGCAAAGUAUUUUUAUAAUAGCGUCAGAGUCUCUUCACAUGCCGACCGACAGAAUGGACACUGCUUCACCUGCCUCGGUGACUGUGCACGAGAAGGAAUUGAAGAAGAAGCAGGCGUUGGAAAGACAGGCACGAGUUAUGGCGUCUUUCAAAGAACAACAAGGAAAAUUCAUGGCCAGCCAAGAUUUCGACUGGGGAGGGGAGGAUUUCAGUGAUCUAGAAGAUGAAGCCAGUGGAACCGCGACUGAAGAAGAGAAAGUCAUAAAAUAUCCGUGCGGGACUUGUAUUCUGUGCCAGGAGGAGACGAAUGAUCUGCGCCUCUACGGCACGUUUGGAUUCGUCUCUGAAAGCACAAUUCUUAGGGUUACAGAUGUCCAAGACGACGACUGGGUCAACGAGGUUCAGCAGACCCCUGAAAAUCUGGAUCGUUCAGCUGACGGUAUCCGGCCGUUUGGAGUAGCCAGUAGAAACAGGCGUACAGUCAUCAAGGUGACUUCCACCGGGGACAGCAUAGUCACGGAGCGACAAGAUCUGGGGCGCGGGUUUCCCUGUGCCCAGACUAGACGGGGCCCAGUGACUACGGGAUGCGGGCAUAUCAUGCACUACAGCUGUUUUGAGGUGUAUUUGCAAGCGACACAAAGACGACAUGUCAGCCAAAUUGCACGGAAUCACCCUGAACGUCCAGAAUUCAAAGAAUUCAUGUGCCCCCUCUGUAAAGCGCUAGGCAAUAUUUUCCUGCCCAUCAUUUGGAAAGGACAGAAAAUUGCCUAUCCGGGUUCUUUGAGCACACAGACAUCGUUUGAAGAUUGGAUAAGUUCACAAGUAGCCGAGCACAUUACACAGCCAAGUCAGAAGCAAGAGGACCAACACGCGGAUAUUCCUUCCACGUUCACGCAACAGCACAGAGCACUGUAUAAAUAUGCAUCUCAGGACUUUAUACUUCCGGUCGCGUCUCGACUGCCAGAGAUGGUGAAAUCUACUUUCACCAACAUACCAGCUUCUCAACCACCCGUUCAACACCGUUUCCAAGUCCCAGCUUUCCUUCAAAUUCAAAAUGAAGAUCAGCCAGGUUCGAUUGUCCCUCCGUCCGAAUCAAGCCCUACGACUACCCAGAACUUUCCAAUAUUGGAACUUCUAAGAAUCUAUCAACGCUUGAGAGACACAUUCCGUGUCAACUCAAUUCACUCCACCUUCUCUUACCCAGCCCUCAUAUCAAACGCUUCUGAGGAUCUCAUUUAUACUGAUGCGCUAGCAAAUGCUCUCGGCUAUUCUAUUUCUGCCAUUGAAAUUGCUCAACGAGGGGUACAAUCGGAAUCGAUGAAAGGCACUUUACUCGAUAAGAUAUCUCCCCAGUCUCUGACCCAUCUGCGCAUCUUUUCAGAAACUAUCACUUCAUAUAUUGCCAUCGGGAGUUUGCGGAAUCAAGGCUCAGGCAAGACCAUGGCGGAAUAUCUAGAAACCCAGGCUCGACAACUUCACCAGCUUUUCAUUGGGCAUCCGAAUAUUUUCGAUCCAAGCACGUUACCGUACGACUUGAAAGGAAUACCCCCUCUUCUGCUUCAGGACCCUUUCAUCUUCCUCUCGGAGUGCUCUGCUUGCGUUGUUCCCGCCCUGGAACUGGACAUUCACCACAUCAUGCGUGUCUGUUACAUCGCAGAACUGGUCCGAGUUGCAUUGGCUUUCACAACUGAACGAACGGCAGUAAUAGCACCGGAUAAAGACCAAGAAUGGGAACAACUUGAUGUUUCUGACCAAACGGCCAAGACCAGCUUCACCGACCAAGAAGCACAUAACAUGCUUUUAUUCGUCACCUGCGUAUUCGAUGUUGCGCGCGCAGACAACACGGAAGUCUGCCUGGACCUCGACACUUUGAAGAUCCCUCCAUCAUUCAUGGCACCCCAUUACAUGUCUUAUAUCUAUAAGAUGAUGUCAACGUAUGCCUUGUCAUUCAUCCGGAAGUCGGCAAUCCUCAUGCAUGUUCGUUAUGGUGUAGAUCUUCCCCAUAUACCCUUCGAUCAGGUAGAUCGACCAGAGCUUGACCGACUAUCAUCCUUACUCAAGCUUCCUUCGUUGCAUGAGUUAUUUGCAUCUUUUGGUGAACAGUCUGCUGCAGGUCAUGCUACACGCUCAAUGGUAGCCGGAUGGAUACGCCACUGGGCUUGGGCACGGGAGGGAAGACAGCGAUCUCAAACAUCGAUAUCACUGUCACAUCCGGCAAUAUUUGAGCUGGUUGGGCUACCUAAGAAUUAUGAUGCCCUCACCGACGAGGCUAUACGGAGAAAGUGCCCAACUACUGGAAGAGAGCUUACCGACCCAUGCGUUUGUCUUUUCUGUGGAGAGAUCAUGUGCAGUCAAGGUGUCUGUUGCAUGACCGAUAAGAAUAAGGGCGGCUGCAACAAACACCAACUAAAAUGCGGUGGUAACAUCGGACUCUUCAUCAACAUACGCAAGUGUAUGGUUUUGUUCCUCAAUCAGAACAACGGGACUUGGGCAGUCGCCCCCUAUCUGGAUAAGCAUGGGGAAGUCGAUCCUACAUUAAGGAGACACCAUCAAUUAUUCUUGAAUCCAAAACGCUAUGAUGUUCUGCUGAGGAAGGUCUGGCUCGAAGGCGGUAUUCAGAGUUUAAUCGCCCGCCGAUUAGAGGGAGACAUUAACAAUGGAGGGUGGGAGACCUUGUAGUCUCAUGGGGAUGGGUGUAUCAAACAACGGUAGCCUUGCACCAAUCCUGCUGCCAGUAUUGCUGUUCACGCAAGUAAAAGUGACGUCGCACGACGUUCUACUCUUCAUCAAUUUAGCUCAUAACUCUCUGGCGAGUGAAUUAGCUACAACAUUUCAGAAGGAAAUGUACGGAGUAUCUUAUGAACGAAUUUCUACCGGUGGGGUGAUAUCUGAUGUUUCAUUCCACCCUCCCACCCUCUGUGCCUCCAUAACUAUUUGCAGUCGAACCACCAUUGACCAAUGGGAGCGAUCGAACACCG